AUGUCACAUCACGUUGUGGAAGAAACGUCAAUUGGCAAUACAGAAUAUACGGUAGUAAUAACCUAUAACCAGAGCCACCACAAAAAAGCUCCCAUUACCAUAUACAUCAACCAACAUCAAAAUCAGUUGAUGGGUGACUACAUUUACACCAUUCAAGAUUCAUCUACAUUCAUAAACAGUGCUGAUGAAAAUGACCAAUUGAAGCUGUUGAACCAGCAGUUAGUUGCCAAAUACAAGGUACCAAUUUAUUUGAGUAUAAAUACGACAACUUCUUUUUCAAAUGUUGAAAUGUUUCAAACUAUUACGCAGUUGAUCAAUUCAGUGCAAGACUCAAAUGGAGAAAGACAGUCAUGA